GUACAUCUGUGCAUGUAAGUAGUGUUUCGACAUAUGAGGAAGAAAAGUGUUCUGCGCUACAAAUAGUACUCGUACACGUACUUUGGAGUACUUCGAAAGAAGGAGUGACUGCUGGUCUGAGGUUGUGGGUAAAACUGGAGUAACUCGGCUCGGAUUUCAGUACCAGUACUGAGUAACUCGCAGACUACAUGCCUUCAGGUACGGUAGCGGUAAGAUGUCUCAUGCAAGUGUAUCGGUACCGGUACGACACUGAUCCUCAUAGUGAUGCUUGAUUGGCCUGAAAUCAAUUGUCAUCCUGAAGAAAAGCCGGCUGGAUAUCACCAGAGAACAGUGAACCCCGACGGGAUUGCUUGAAUUGGUCACGACAACCAGGUCUCGUGCUCGCUCACCAGUGUAGCAUUUUUUGGUUCGCACGGGUUUGCCAACUUCAAGUACGACUUAUGCAUAGUGCCUCUCCUUUUCCAGUGAUGGUUUGGGCCUACCAGUAGCUUGUACAAGGGCGAAAGCCGAAUGAUUCAAUCCAGUGCCAAAAUCUCACAGAAACUAACCGACCAUGAACCUUUCUCAGCAGACAACAAUGAUUGAUGCAACAUGCAUCGGUAUGGGCAAUGAACUGUUUUCACCACAGCCCAUGGAAGACAUUGGAGGCAGGGGUAUCUUCCACCCCACUUUGGCGGAAGAUUCAACUGUUCCAAGCGACGGACUACUAUUCGAACCAUUCCAACUUCCCCCCCUCCGCUGCCUCAAUCGAUGCCGUCAACCUUUGCUCAUCCAGUUAUUGAGCCAAGGGCAAAGAGACACAACCCUGCUGGGGCAUCGAUCCCCGCGAAACGAAGACACUCGUCCGACCACUGCGGCUCGUCAGACCAGCAGUGCUACCGGAGCUACUACCGCUACGACCACGGCUGCCACAAAUGCUAGUCCCACGUACCAAACAACGGCUACUAGGCCAAGCACUCUCGUACAAUUGGGAAGUACUAAUAACCGCGUAAAUCGACUGGUGGAUGAAAUCUGGGUCAACCAUCAGCAACAACUUCAGUUGAUGGCAGAGCUUCAAUACGCCCUGAAAGAAGAGACAACCCCACAUCCCGAAGGAUCGUCUGAGGUUCUGGAGCAGUUGCGUGUCUUGCGGGAACGGGAAGAGACAAAGCAACAGAUACUGCAAUUGCUACCACAAAUGCUACCACAAAUGCCACCACCUGCGACCGCUCCUGCCAUGAAAUCGGACACAGAUCAUGAUCUUCCACCAGAUGUGGCUGCAGUUGUCAAGAGGAUCUUGGCUUCUUCCAAGGCUGGCAUGCAGCAGUGACUCCACUGAAACGAGUCUGUAUAGGUGGAAGAAGAACGACAUAAGGACCUACUGGUACAUGCAUAUAUACAGUGCCUUUGUACAACCCCCGCAUCCUGGCACAGGGAAUUGUUAAUAGAAGAAUAAUCACAGGAACGACUUCAUGCAGUAUACCGUUCUUUCGAUUCUGUCAACCACCGGUCUACUAUAGUUGGACAGGGGGCUCUUGUAGCCAGGAGAUGGUGGAGAUUUGGACAACCAUUGGCAGCUAGUUCCGACCCUUCACACAGAUUUUUCCAGUCUUACUUAUGCUGGCUCCAGCGGGCUUCCUUCCUACUCCUAUUAGCUAGUGAUAAUGCUUAGAGCACUACUACUUCUCUUUUCCAAU